UGACGGCGGGUUGUACACGCGCGAAUAUGGUUUGACAGACGUCCGACACGCGUCCGCUUCCGCAACUGUCUUAGCUACAAGUGUCUACUUCGGAUAAGGUGGUGAUAGUGCUGAGGAGCAAUUAUGGAUCACACGUUACCUCAAAACACGCCGCUGCACUGGGGCUACUCGCCCAACAACCCCAAUACUUCGUGGGCGCCCAUGGCCAGGGCGGUCAAGAGGCCCCUGUCGGAGAGUGAUGACUGUGAUGAUGUCUUCUCGGAGGAAUCUUCCAAAGAACAAUGCACAUCUCCUGGUGAUGCGGACAGUUGCCAAAUGUUAUCGCGGAAGAAGCGAAGGGGUGUGAUAGAGAAGAAAAGACGAGAUCGCAUAAAUAUGUCUCUGUCUGAACUAAAACGUCUUGUCCCUAGCGCUUUCGAAAAACAAGGGUCGGCGAAACUGGAGAAAGCGGAAAUCCUUCAAAUGACGGUGGACCAUCUGAAAAUGAUCCACGCUAAAGGUCUGGACGCCUUCGCCUACGACCCCCACAAAUACGCGAUGGACUACCACGGCAUGGGCUUCCGGGAAUGCGUGGCCGAAGUAGCGCGAUAUUUGGAGCGGAUUGAGGGCCUAGACGUCCAAAAUCCGUUACGGCUCCGUUUGACUUCACACCUUCAAUGUUGUGCAGCCCAGCGUGAAUUGGCUACAAAACAAGCAACGUCGACGCCGUGGGGUUACGGCUCCACCCAACCGUACCCUCCGCUGAACACACUUCCUCCAUCCCCGGUGCCCAAUCACGGCCCCAUCGCCAAUCUGAACCCCCACCAGCCGCCGCCGCCGCCCUUGCACCACCAGAACAUGCAUCACGAGUUGGGCCACUUCGACGUCGCAACGUCUUGCCCGCAGACGUCCGCCCCCGCCCCUUCGACCGACAGCCGGCUCGCCCCCACGACGUCGAUUCUGACGCCGCUCACCACAACUACCUCGUCCGCGUUAGCCUAUAGUCCGCACCAAUAUCCCGUCAACACCUUCAGUAUUCCGACGACGAGUCACCACCAGAAUUACAAUCAGAGCAACAUUCCCACGUCGCAGGGAGUGAAGCAGUUUCGACCGUGGGGUGCUGAACUUGCCUACUAAAUAGUGUGUCUUAAAUUAAGUGCCGCCUCCAGUGCCUAUAGUGAUAAGUGAUUUCACUUUGCUUGCCAUUCGAGUACAAAGUUUGCUUUGCACGGGAGUGGAGGUUUUAGUCAUUUUGUACCUAUUCAACGAAUUUUUAUUUAUUUUUCUACUGUACGAUCUAAACAUUCCCAUAUAGAAAUAUUUUUAUAGACUUUUGCCAGAGUGGCUAUUUUUGUACAUUUUAUGAUC